AUGGAAGCACAGCACCAGCUGCGUGCCAAGACUACCCACACCGUGCAGAGCCUGUGCGACCGUGCCCUUGCCUCGGAGCUCGUUCCAUUCGAGGCCACAAAGAUGACCUUCCAGGGACAGGACCUGGAAGGACGUCAACAGCUUGGCUUCUACAAGAUGGUAGCUGGCGAGCUGAACAUGCACGUGGAGGUGUCGAAGGAGCUACUUUGCCAUCAGCUUGCAGGUCUCUUACAGGAUCGUGGCCUAUCAUUCGCGGAGCUCGGGGAUCUCUACUGCUACAGGUACGGUGCCCCCAUCCGGCGUGCGUUGGAACUCCUGGGUCUGCAGUGCACGCUGAAAGAGUUUGUGGCAUCUGCACCCGAGUACUUCCACGUUGAGACCGGCUGCAUUGCGAUGCGGGGGACCGUUCCUGCUCGUUGUGCAACAGGUGAUUUGAAUCAGCGCUACCUGAAGCUGGACACCCAAAUCUCCAGGUGCAAGCUGGUCAAGGACGCAGCUGUCGCUCUUGAGGAAGUUUGCCGAUUUGCCCGAGGCAGCCCUCUUUCGGUGGGCCGCUCUAUCUUCCUGGGCUCCGUGGGGCGUGGGACAGCAAUCGAAGGCAGUGUGGACGCUCAGGCCUUGCUGCUCAUCAAGGGCAUGUCUGCGACAGACCGCCAGAAGUGGUUGCCAUCCUUGCUACCUUCGCUGGCUGCAGCCCUAAGCCAGGAUUUGGGAGAGAAGGCGCAGGUCUCCGUAACGGACGAAGUCGUCCACGUCCAUAUUGCAGGAAUUUCAGUGGAGGUGGUUGUGGACGCUGUUGGAGGCCCCCUGGCGCUGGCGGCGGACCGUAGCGCUCGGCUAUUCGACAAGCUCCCAACUGCAGUGAAGGUAACAAUGCGCCUUAUGAAGUGGUGGCGCAAUCAGCAGCCAUGGUCGAGCGAUGAGGAGCGCCCUUCGGACCUCCUCCUGGAACACAUCGUUGCAUCCACGACCUCGCCAGCACCAGUCGACCAGGUCGCUGCCGUGUCUGCAGCCUUGACGGCGUUGGCAUCCUUCGACCAGCUAUCUGUGGUGGACCCGAUGGAUCCCACAGUGAAGCUUGGUGACUCCAAGAAUUUCAAGUACCAGCAGCUUGUGCAGUUGGCCACAAAGUCAGCCGGUCGAUUGAUGCAGUGA